UUAUCCCUUCCUACGCCGGCUAAAACCCUCCUAAAAUCUCUCCUCGCCGCCGGAGAAAAUGGCAGCCAGCAGAAUCUACCUCGUCGGCAAUUCCAUUAUCCAACCUUACAAGCCAUUCUUUCGCAACCCUACAAUUCGUUUUCCGUCCGUUUCUCUCCGCUUCCGCCGCUUCUGCACCCCGGCGGCCGCCGCCACCGCGGUGGAUACGUCUCCAUCUCCCCAUCCAUGGCCUGAGUGGGUAACCUUUAUCGACCACUUGAACAGGAAGGGUUAUUUCUCCGAAAAACCUGCGGCCGCCGAAAACGGUGGCUCCGAUAUAGUUUACCGGGAGAUGAACUUGCUUAAGGAUGCUUGUCUGAGCUUCGCACGCGAUCGAUACGACCUUCUCAAAUCAUUGUCUUUGAGAGAUAUACAGGCUCUCGUGGAGCGUGGAUGCCCUAAUCUAUUGCGAAAAGCUGUUAAUUCGUCCAAGAGGCUACGAGCCCAUGUUCGAUUGGACGAAGGAGAUGUCUGUAGUACUUGUGACCUGCGCGACUCGUGUGAUAGGGCUUAUGUAAUAUUAAAGGAUUCAGGAGAUUCUGUUCGUACAGAAGACGUUAUGCGUGUGUUAUUGUUCAAAGCGCUUGAUCCACUCAUGAUUUCCGGAGAGGAGAGAUCUUCAGGUAGAGAACUAGCUGAUGAAUCGGCAAGGAAACUUCUUCUGGAGUUAGUUGAAUUGAGUGAGAAGUCCCCUCACCCUCCUCCCCUCCCAAAACCUGCUUUCAAGGGCUCUCUGUCACGAAAGGAGCGGGCUUUGGAGUUGAACACUGAAAAGAGUACUGAACGGAACUUUGCGGAGAAAGGAGACAACCAAGAGUCCAAUGAUGCCCCCAACAAAAUUUCUGUUGCCUCUGGACCCAAGAGAGGAGAUUGGUACUGUCCUAAAUGCAACUUUCUAAACUUUGCCAAAAAUGAAGUAUGCCGAGACUGCAAGGAAGUCCCUGCCAAUCUUUCUGUUUUUGCUAAUGUCAAGGAAGGGGACUGGUUAUGCCCUGAAUGCAAGUUCUUUAACUUUUCAAGAAACGGUCUCUGUGUGAAAUGCAAAGCAAAGGGACCGAAGAAAAGCUCCAUGGAGAAUGCUGAAAUGAAGAAAGGAGAUUGGAACUGCCCCGGGUGUGGAUUCAUGAACUUCACUAGGAACAAACAGUGUCUACGUUGCCAAGUUCAACGUCCCAAGAGGGAUCUAAAUCCUGGAGAAUGGGAAUGUCCCUCAUGUGACUUCUUGAACUAUAGGAGAAACACUGUGUGCAAGAAAUGCAACUGCAAACGCCCCCAAGAAGCAACACCUGGCUACGAAGAGCAUUCGUGGAGAAGGCCCUCCUAACUUUGGAUUUUAUCAUCCUUUUGUUAUUCAGUGUUAUGAUAUCCACCAAGAUAUUCUCUCGUUGGCCAUUGAUGAAGUCAAAUUCGCCUGUUUUUGAGGUA